AUGCUGGGCCUGGGUGCCGCCGUGCGCGGGAUCGAGGUGGUGAGGGCAGAGGGCUCCGGCACGGACGCCUCCUCGCUGCGGGCGCGCCUGCCCGCACCCUCCUCGCCGGCCGGCCGGCUGGCGACGCUGCAGACGCUGGCGGCACGCCUUUCGGCGGCGGCGAUGACGGUGCGCACCGUCGAGCGCCUGCUCAGCGCCUGCCCCAGCCUGGCGGCCGUGCGCGCGGUGCCGGGGGCCGCAACCGCGGCAGCGUUCCCCACGACGGGGCUGCCGCUGCGCCUCGUCUUCCUGCACCUCGCCGCGGGUGCCCGCGUCAGCGUCGACGUCCUCGCCGGACCCUCCGCCACCCAGUUCCUGGGACCCCGCGUGGUCGGCGCCCCCGGCACCGCUCAGGCAAGCAGCGAGGGCACGCUGCGAGCCGUGGAGGCGGCGGCCCGCUCCCUGGGCCGCCGCCCCGCACUGCAGGCGCUGGCUGGGGCAGUGCAUGCAGUGCUCGCCGGGUCUGCGCCGGCUGCCGCCACCGACCUUGCUGGACCCAGCAACUUCCAGAACCCCCUGUUUGCGGAACCCCUGGCGCAAUGCUGA